AUGGCCGUUCCAUACCCCCAAGGAGAAUGCUUCUUCAAAAAAAGUGCGUUGCAAUCAGCAGUGGAAGGACGCUUCAACGCGGAAAAUCCUCUUCACUUCUACAGCAACUUGAUGGUGGAAGUGAUUUGGAACAGGGAGUCUCACCAUGGCCCUAACGAGGCCAAGAUCCCAACAGGCCAUCCUCAUAGACGGUCCGACUACAAGAUUGUCUAUGGUGAUGCUGGAUGGCAAACAGAGUAUGGGGUUUGGACUCACCUCCCUUUUUCCUAUGGACAAUAUAACCAUCCCACCAGGCGUGUCCAGCAUGAACUCUGCACCUGGGGGUACAGAUUUAAGAAGAGAGAGUGGGGUGACGCAUACGAAUCGUGGUUCAUGUUCAUUCCGAUGCCGACUAGAAAGGAAGAAUGGGUCUUUAUUGACCGCCUGGCCUACAUUCGUGCCAUCUAUAUCCCAGUGGCCCAUCAGGCUAGCGAGAAAUGUCCCGAUCUUUGUACAUAUGUUCAUGUGAGGUUCAACAGCUUGAACGAAGUUGAACUUGAGUAUCACAAGGACAAGACUCCAAACAAAAUGGCCUUUCUAUACGACUUCGAAGAGGGCGAAGUAUCUACAGCGAAGCUGAAGUUCGAUACAACACUAGGUCUUGUCCCUGAUAAGACAAAGGCGCUCGGCCUGAAUAUCUCUAAGUUGGUCACCACCCUUUUGGUCCCGCGUGGCCAACGAAAACAUGAUGCAUUCGGCUCAGGGGGGAUUAUUCAGGUUGAUUCCAGCUUGAUUCCUCUCGUGCGUGUACAGCAGAAUUUGACUAGCGGGAGCAUGGUCGACUGGAAAAAUGUGGCCAGCAAGAACCAGGGUCUUACCAUUGAAUGGGGCAAGUGCAACUCUAAAGGUCCCUGGUUCGUUACCUGGUUCAAGGAUUCUAUGACGUUUGCGAUCGGAUGGAUCCCACUUAUCGGUCCAUUCCUGUCGAUUGGAUGGGUAGUAGCGUUCACUGCAAUCCAAGAUCCCGACGGCUUGAUGGACCAAUUACGGGCGAGUAUACCAUCUAUC